AUGGACGAUAAGCUGCCCAGUGACCGAGUCACCCAGCUCCGGGUGCUCCGGGAGUCUCCUUUGUUUGGACGGAGGAGGCUGUGCCCUGAGCUCUUGAGACUCAGCCGUCAGGUGUGCCCUGAGCUUUUGAGACUCAGCCGUCAGGUGUGGCUGACUGCUGACAACCUAGCACAUGCCUCAGGACUUAGGGCAGAAUUGGGCGAAUCAAAGUCCAGCCUUUCCACUUACUUGCAUACUGACUGUUUUCCCCUCUUUAAUCGUAGCUGUGUUGGAGUGGAGGAGCAUCAUGCUUUUGACAUUGACCUGUAUCACUGUCCCAACUGUGCGGUUCUCCAUGGCUCCUCUUUGAUGAAGGAGAGGAGGAACUGGCACCGGCAUGACUGCACGGAGGUUGAUGACGGCUCCAAACCGGUGCAGGCGGGCACCAGGGCAUUCGUGACGGAGCUGCGGGCGCGAGUCUUCCCAAGUGCCGAUGAGGUCAUUGUAAAGAUGCACGGUGCCCAGCUGACGCAGAGGUACCUGGAGAAGCAUGGAUUCGACGUCCCCAUCAUGGUCCCCAAGUUAGAGGACCUCGGGCUCAGGCUCCCCCCGCCUACCUUUUCUGUGGUGGAUGUGGAACGCUACGUAGGUGGUGACAAAGUGAUAGACGUCAUUGAUGUGGCCAGGCAGGCCGACAGCAAAAUGACUCUUCACAAUUAUGUGAAAUACUUCACGAACCCUCCCAGGCCAAAGGUGUUAAACGUCAUCAGCCUCGAGUUCUCGGAUACGAAGAUGUCUGCACUGGUGGAAGUCCCAGAGAUAGCCAGAAAGCUCUCCUGGGUGGAAAACUACUGGCCAGAUGACUCGGUCUUCCCGAAGCCGUUUGUUCAGAAAUACUGCUUAAUGGGCGUUCAAGACAGCUACACGGAUUUCCACAUUGACUUUGGUGGCACUUCAGUCUGGUACCAUGUCCUCUGGGGCGAGAAGAUUUUUUAUCUGAUAAAGCCGACAGACGAAAACGUGGCCCUCUAUGAAUCCUGGAGCUCCUCUGUGACCCAGAGUGAGGUGUUCUUUGGAGAUAAGGUGGAUAAAUGCUAUAAAUGUGUGGUGAAGCAGGGACAUACCUUAUUUGUUCCCACAGGGUGGAUCCACGCUGUGCUCACUUCUCAGGACUGUAUGGCUUUUGGGGGGAACUUUCUGCACAACCUGAACAUCGGCAUGCAGCUCAGGUGUUAUGAGAUGGAGAAAAGGCUGAAAACACCAGAUCUUUUCAAAUUCCCUUUCUUUGAAGCCAUAUGUUGGUUCGUAGCCAAAAACUUACUGGAAACCUUGAAAGAACUGAGAGAAGAUGGUUUCCAGCCUCAGACGUACUUGGUGCAGGGAGUGAAGGCAUUGCUCACUGCUUUAAAGUUGUGGAUGAAAAAAGAACUUGUAUGUGAACAUGCCUUUGAGAUCCCAGACAAUGUCAGACCUGGCCAUCUGGUUAAAGAACUUUCAAAAGUGAUCCGGGCAAUAGAGGAGGAAAACGGCAAGCCAGUGAAAUCUCAGGGAAUCCCUCCCAUGUGUCCAGUCUCACGACCCUCACACGAGGCAGCCUCCCCACACCAUUCCCGACGGAAGAUGCGGAGGCUUCGCGAUCACAGUGUGCGGACCCCCUCCAACCUCGACAUCCUGGAGCUGCACACGAGGGCGGUCCUCAAGAGGCUGGAGAUGUGUCCGUGGGAAGAGGACGUGUCGAGCUCCAAACUGAAUGGGAAAUUCAACAAACACCUCCAGCCGUCCUCCACGGUGCCUGAGUGGAGGGCAAAAGACAACGACCUUCGCUUACUGCUGACGAACGGGAGGAUAAUCAAAGAUGAGAGACAGCCGCUCACAGACCCAAGCCUUUAUACAGCAGAGAGUGAAAGUGAAGAGGAGAAAAGGAGAACAAAAAAGAUAAAAAGGAAGAUGGAAGAGCAUUCAGGACCAGACGGGGUGGAGAGCGAGGACCCUCGAACGCCGCCUAGCAGGUUUUACACAAGCGUGAAGUCAGAACUCAGGAAUAGGUCGUCAGAAUAUUCGGAUAUUUCCGACUCGGAAGACUCUGGACCCGACUGCACUGCACUGAAAAACAACUUUACCACUGAAGAGUCUGAAAGUUCGGGUGAUGAGAAGAAGCAGAUAACAUCAAACUUUCCAGAGGAAUCUAAUGUGAUGAAGGCCCGCCCUCAGAAGACCCAGAAGCCAUCCAGAAGUGAGACUCCAGUGAGAAGGGAGUACCCUACCUCGACCAGCACAGAGGAAGAAGCCAUCCAGGGCAUGCUGUCCAUGGCGGGACUGCACUAUUCCACCAUCCAGAGGCCGGCACGGAACACAGACAGCAGUGGCACAGAGAGAGACGCUGUCCAGGACGCCAGCAGCUGCCAUAGCCGGGACCGCGAGGCCAGGCCACUGUGUCGCGUCGACAAACCUGUGGGGUGUGGACACCACGUCAAGGCUGAGGAUCAAGACGUGAGGGCUUCUUCUUGGACUAAACAAUUUGAUACGACUUCCAGAUUGAAUCCUCAGGAUCCGAGUAGAGGCCAGAGAGUCAUCAAGAAGGAAGGUCCCUCCGAGUUCCUGCAGAAGGGACAGAGCCGGGGCCACAUGGACGGCGGCGGGGCGGGCCUUCCGAGUGGGAAGGGUGUACAGAACUCAAGCUUGCUCCCGGGGCCCUGCCAGGUCAGCAGUGGGAGUCUCAGCCCAGAGAGGCCGGGCGGUGACAUGUCCUUCUCAGUGCCCCUCCACCCCACCAAGAGACCCGCGUCCAACCCACCACCUAUCAGCAACCAGGCAACAAAAGGCAAACGCCCCAAAAAAGGCAUGGCGACAGCCAAACAGCGUCUCGGGAAGAUCCUCAAGCUGAACAGGAACGGCCACGCCCGCUUCUUCGUGUGA